CAGCAUGUCUGCGGAAACACCUUUCACGCUGACUAUUGACCCUGAGGAUCUGCAGAUCCAAACAUUCACUGUAGAGAAACUACUGGAGCCUCUCAUAAUCCAGGUUACUACACUUGUAAAUUGUCCCCAGAAUCCUUCCAACAGGAAAAAGGGACGUUCGAAAAGAGCCAGAGUCCUUCUAGCUUCUGUAGAGGAAGCAACGUGGAAUUUAUUAGACAAAGGAGAGAAGAUAGCCCACGAAGCUACCAUUUUAAAGGAAGAACUUACUGCUGCACUGGAGGAAGUUCGAAAAGAGAGUGAAGCCCUGAAGGUAUCAGCUGAGAGAUUCACAGAUGAUCCCUGUUAUCUACCAAAAAGGGAGGCGGUGGUUCAAGCAGCUCGUGCCUUGUUGGCUGCAGUUACAAGACUGCUUAUCCUCGCAGACAUGAUUGAUGUCUUGUGUCUCUUGAAGCAUGUGUCAUCUUUUCAAAGAACAUUUGAAUCUCUUAAAAAUGUUUCCAACAAAUCUGACCUCCAGAAAACCUACCAGAAGCUUGGAAAAGAGCUAGAAAAUUUGGAUUAUUUAGCCUUCAAGCGUCAACAGGACUUAAAAUCUCCAAAUCAGAGGGAUGAAAUUGCAGGGGCCAGAGCUACCUUGAAGGAGAACUCCCCGCUCUUACAUUCCAUCUGUUCAGCCUGUUUGGAGCAUUCUGAUGUUGCUUCCUUAAAAGCCAGCAAGGACACAGUUUGUGAAGAGAUCCAGAAUGCCCUCGAUGUAAUUUCAAAUGCUUCUCGAGGCAUCCAGAGUAUGCCAAUGCCCUCAGAACCUCAGGCAGCAACCUUGGGAAGUGCACUUGAUGAGCUGGAGAAAUUAAUUGUCCUAAACCCACUCACAGUGACAGAGGAGGAAAUAAGGCCAUCACUAGAAAAACGCCUUGAAGCCAUUAUCAGUGGGGCAGCUUUGUUGGCAGACUCUUCCUGCACAAGGGACUUCCACCGAGAGCGAAUUAUUGCAGAGUGCAACGCCAUUCGCCAGGCUCUUCAGGACCUGCUUUCAGAGUACAUGAAUAACACUGGAAAAAAAGAAAGGAACAAUACUCUGAAUGCCGCUAUAGACAACAUGUGCAGGAAGACCAGAGACCUUCGCAGACAGCUCCGCAAGGCUAUUAUAGAUCAUGUGUCAGACUCUUUCUUGGAUACAACAGUCCCACUUUUGGUUCUCAUCGAAGCUGCUAAGAAUGGCCGGGAAAAGGAAAUAAAAGAAUAUGCUGCAAUAUUUCAUGAGCAUACCAACAGGCUCGUGGAGGUGGCAAAUCUUGCUUGUUCCAUGUCAACAAAUGAAGAUGGAGUCAAAAUUGUCAGAGUCGCAGCCAAUCACUUGGAAACUCUAUGUCCACAGAUUAUUAAUGCUGCACUUGCUUUGGCUGCAAGACCCAAAAGUCAAGUAGUCAAAAACACCAUGGAAAUGUACAAGCGCACCUGGGAAAAUUACAUACAUGUUCUCACUGAAGCUGUAGAUGACAUUACAAGCAUUGAUGACUUCCUUGCUGUAUCUGAAAGCCACAUCCUGGAAGAUGUCAACAAGUGCAUCAUAGCCCUGAGAGACCAGGAUGCUGAUAAUUUAGACCGGGCUGCAGGUGCUAUCAAAGGUCGAGCAGCGAGAGUCGCUCACAUUGUCACUGGUGAAAUGGACAGUUAUGAACCAGGGGUCUACACUGAAGGUGUAAUGAGAAAUGUCAACUUCCUUACAAGUACUGUCAUUCCCGAGUUCGUAACACAAGUGAAUGUCGCCUUGGAAGCCUUAAGCAAGAAUUCGUUGAAUGUGUUUGAUGAUAAUCAAUUUGUAGACAUCUCCAAGAAGAUCUAUGACACCAUUCAUGAUAUCCGAUGUUCGGUCAUGAUGAUUCGAACCCCAGAGGAACUGGAGGAUAUUUCUGACCUGGAAGAAGAUCAUGAGAUCCGCAGCCACACCAGUAUUCAGACGGAGGGAAAAACUGACCGGGCUAAGAUGACUCAACUGCCUGAGGCAGAAAAGGAAAAGAUUGCUGAGCAAGUUGCUGAUUUCAAGAAAGUAAAGAGCAAGCUGGACGCCGAGAUCGAGAUCUGGGAUGACACAAGCAAUGAUAUCAUCGUUCUCGCCAAGAAGAUGUGCAUGAUCAUGAUGGAGAUGACAGACUUUACCAGGGGGAAAGGACCACUAAAGCAUACAACAGAUGUGAUCUAUGCAGCUAAACUGAUAUCAGAAUCAGGAUCAAGAAUGGAUGUUCUCGCUCGGCAGAUAGCUAACCAGUGUCCAGAUCCAUCAUGCAAACAGGACUUGCUGGCCUAUCUCGAACAGAUUAAAUUCUAUUCCCACCAACUGAAAAUCUGCAGUCAAGUGAAAGCUGAGAUCCAGAACUUGGGGGGAGAACUCAUCAUGUCUGCUUUGGACAGUGUCACCUCCCUGAUCCAAGCAGCCAAAAAUCUAAUGAAUGCUGUGGUGCAAACAGUAAAAAUGUCUUACAUAGCCUCCACCAAGAUCAUCCGGAUCCAGAGUCCCACAGGGCCUCGGCACCCAGUAGUGAUGUGGAGGAUGAAGGCUCCAGCAAAGAAACCCUUGAUUAAAAGAGAGAAACCAGAAGAAACAUAUGCAGCUGUCAGACGAGGCUCUGCAAAGAAGAAAAUCCAUCCAGUGCAAGUCAUGAGUGAAUUUAGAGGAAGACAAAUCUACUGAUACCACUAUUCUGCUCUAAUGCCUAUAGUAUAAAAUCCAUGGCUAACCACACUGCUUUAUGUUUACCAUUGCUUAGUUCUGUAAUUACACCAGAUUUCAGCGUGAACGCACAUAUAAUGUAACACAUUGGGGACUAAACCAGUGCAGGCAGGUUGCAUUUGGGAUCUGGCCAUUGUCAUGUUCUC